UGAGUGGCCUGAGCUGAACCGUACGGUGUCGGUCGUCAGCAAAAAUGGGGCUUUGAUUAAUGCUGUUGUACUUGUACAAUUUACUCAUAACACGAUGGAUCGAAAUACCAGCUUUCCAUUAACUACUGGCCGUAGAACAUUGGGAUUUAGAGAUGAACGAUCUAUCCGUGAGGCUGUUUUUGGCAGUAAGGACUUUGUUCAGAGGAUGAAGCUUGAUACAACACUUGAUGUGCACAGAGGAUGUGUGAACACAAUUUCAUGGAAUGAACAAGGAAGCCUGAUUCUCUCAGGAUCUGAUGAUAAAAAGCUCUGCUUCACAAACCCAUACACCAAACAAGUACAGGCAGCCAUCCCGUCGGGUCACAGAUCUAAUAUCUUCAGUGCAAAGUUCCUGCCUUGCUCAAGGGAUAGACAGGUUGUUUCUUGCUCCGGAGAUGGGUGCGUUAUGUUCAGUGAUGUGGAUAACCCGGAUAUGUAUGGCCGCAACUCUUUCAACUGCCAUUAUGGAACAGCUUACGAGGUCGUGACCUUGCCCUCUGACCCCAAUACUUUCAUGUCAUGUGGUGAAGACGGGACAGUCAGAUGGUUUGAUCUCCGCAUCAAGACUAGUUGCUCAAAAGAGGAAUGUAAAGAGGAUGUAAUGAUCAACUGUCGUCGUGCUGUGACGGGUAUCUGUGUGAACCCCAUCCUUCCCUACCAGCUGGCCGUCGGGUGCUCAGAUAGCUCCGUUAGAAUCUUUGAUCGCAGGAUGCUGGUCACCAAACUCUCAGGGAACCACAUAGGUCGUGGCAUGCAGGGUAUCCUUUGCCGAUUCUGCCCGACGCACCUGCAGAACAAGUACAGUCGUCCUACCUCCCUGACCUACUCUGCCAACGGUCAAGACCUACUGGUCAGCUACUCCUCGGACUACAUCUAUCUGUUUGGUACCAAUGCACGCUACAAGGAGAAUAGUGAAGCCUCCUUUGGGGCGGAGAGCAAGGGGCUAGAUGUGCUGGAAGCUGAUGAAGAAGACAAGGAUGAGUUUGCAGCUGAUAAUCCCGUCAAGAGACUACGACUGAGAGGAGACUGGUCCGAUACAGGACCUAGAGCCCGGCCAAGAAGUGAACAACCAGAAGGUGAGCGACCUAGAUCAACCAUGGUGCAGAGGAUGUCUGAGAUGUUGUCCCGCUGGCUGGAAGAAUCGUCUUCAUCGCCCCGACGACCCGUCAGAUCUGGCCAACCAGGCGUCAUUGGCUCUUCCUUCCCAACCUCUGCAUCGGCUACGUCAAUAACUCAGUCGACAUCAGUAGCAGCUUCAGCAACACCAUCCACUUCAGCAGGUCAGCUGGUUACAACUGAAGCAGCUGAACCGGUUACAACUGAAGCAGCUCUACCGGUUACAACUGAGGCAACAAGUUCACAAGUGCAACAUGAUGGAAGUCAUGAAGACCUUGAGGAAAAGGCAGGAGCAUCAAGGACGGGGGAUUCAUCAAGAAAGCCGGACGUUGUUCCUAAAACUGAUUCAAAAGUGCAAAGAAUGUCAGAGAGGACAUCAGAGGAUGUCGAAACAGUCUCAGAAGAGAAGGGUGUGACAGAAACUCUAAGUGCAAUGGAUGGUGCAAUAAAGAAGAAGAGUGGAAAGGAGAUGGACAGAAGAGAUGAUGAUAGAGAGGACAAGGGAUUGAAUGACUCAAGAAAGGAAAGCCAAAGAUCAAGUAGUGGUCGGGAGGCCGCUACAACACGCAAGGAUGAGGAAGGAGCAGCGGGCUGGAGAAAGGGGCUGAAGUCACGAGGGGGGCGUCCAGAUCACCCAGAGCAAAGAUUUGGGAAAGGUUCUGGUGAAGUAGGCAAAGAGACUGAGCUACAUAAAGCAGCAGGAAAGACACAAGAGUUGGAAAAAGAAAGCAGAAAGCAAGAUGGUCAGAAAAAAGAGGAAGAAGAAAAGAAAGGCAUCUUUGCUUUUGGAGAUAGAAUGGAAGACAAAAAACCAAUGCCUAGACUGACGAAACAGGAUAGUCUUGAGCACACACGAUCACGGAAGCACAGCAUCGUUGACAACCCUCCCAACUUACAAGCCAUUGGUGAUCCCAGCCCCAGCAAAGCAGGACCAUCAUCAUCUGCAGCUGAGGAGAGGAAAGAUCAUGGAAAGGAUAGGGAAGGGGGAGAUGAGAUGGGAAGAACUGAUGGAGAUGAAGGAAGAAGAAAAACAGAUGGCAAGAGAGAAGAGGAGGAUGAGAAAAAAGAGAAGAGGAGCUCUAUGCAGAGCAUGGGAUCAGAAACUUCACAAAGUAGCCAAUCCAUGACGUGCAGUGAGUCUGACAGUGAUGAAGACCUGCAGGUGCUAGGAGCUGAGAGGGAGAAGAAAACACCUCACCAAAGGGAUACUCCUAAUCAGCCUAGAGAGCGUGUGAGGUCGGAGGCUGAAAUGAGGUUGAGGGAGCUCUUCAAGACGCGCAAGGAAGAACGUGAGAAAGAAGCGGACGUCAUCAAGAAUGUCUACUCUCCAUCUGUUGAGAUGGUUUACAAGGGACACAGGAACUCAAGAACAAUGAUUAAGGAAGCUAAUUUCUGGGGCGAUCACUACAUAGUGAGUGGAUCAGACUGCGGACAUGUAUUCCUCUGGGAUCGCUACACAGCCAAACUCGUUAUGCUGCUAGAGGGCGACAAACAUGUUGUGAACUGCGUCCAGCCCCACCCUAUUGAUCCCAUCCUAGCUACCAGUGGUAUUGAUUACAAUGUGAAGCUUUGGGCACCCGUAGCGACUGAACCAUACUUCCCGGAGAAUUCAGUUGAGGUGAUGAGAAUCAAUGAACUGAUGCUGGAGGAGACGAGAGAUACCAUCACCGUACCACCUUCUUUCAUGCUGAGGAUGCUGGCAUCGUUGAAUCAUCUUAGAGGAGAUCGUGGAAGAUCCGCUGACCCUCGAUCUGCUAGUGAGAGCUCUGAUGAUUAGACUAGAUCCUGCUUAUUAGUGCCUGGUUUAUUUACUGAAGAAAAUAAAGGAUUACAUUAAAAAUUACACAUAGGGCUCGCAGGUAACCCAAGUCAGACUUGUGUUUCGUGCAUGCCCUAUUCUAUGUGAAUGUGCUAAAGGAAACCUCACCCCAUAGAAUAAAUGUAGGUAUUCUGAAAAGGAUCUGAUGUAUUUCUUACAAAAGUGUACAAGAGAUGAAGAUAUUCUUGGCAAGAUGUGAUGCCUUUUAGCCUGACAUGGGUGCAGCCAUUUUCUUGCUUUAUGCCUCUCUCGUACACUUUGGUGGGGAAUCUUGUAGAUUGAUGUGCAAGAAUACAAUAAUUCUUUCAGAAGAACUAUGGUUUUUCCUUGGGUGAGGUUUCCUUUAUGUAGUCUACCAAAAGAGAUGUUUUACAGUUGACUGGGAGUGUAUUUGAAUUGCAAUAUCUCUGUGUAGAAGAAUAUUUGAAGCUCUGGUUUGACUAGAUAUAAUAACAUGAAACUUCUUACAUCAAGAGCAAAAAGGGUCUUGGGGGUCGGUAUACUGAUAAGUCAGCUAUGGAUAUGGAUGAAGUGGUUUAAGUGUGCAUGGAUCUUUAAGAAUGCUUGGGGGAAGAACAAAAUAAUGGAGUUUUUCAAAUUAUCCUUUUACAUUUUUAUUUGGUAUGUUUCUUCAUUUUUCUGGAUGCAUUUGAAAACAUGAUGUGUAUUCUGAUGCACUUGUAUUUAUUCAAAUACUGGUAUGUUUAUUGAGUGCAUAUAUUGUAGGCAAAAUGCCAACAGUAUCUAGUUAUUUAAUGUUUUGAACAAAUAGUUCUGUUUUCCUCGAGUUUGGUUUUAUUGGCAAGCUUGAUGAUCAAAAUGCUAGUUUAAAGGAAAUUCAUAGUUCCCCCUACCCCGCCCCGGCAAUGUUUAAGGGUACCUUGAAAUGUUGAAUAAUACUUUAUACUGCAUUUUUAUUUCCCCCAUUUUCGUUUUUGUAGCAACAGAUCUUGCCAGUACUUUAUAUAGUUUACCAUACUAGGGAAUGGGUUAUGUAGUCUUAUUUAUGCCAUUGUCUUCAUGUUAUUUUUUAAUGUAAAUCUUUGUCAAACACAGGGUUUUAUUUUGAACAAUUUUUCUACAUGUAUUUGGAAUACAAAUGGUAGCUAGUAUGCACAUUUUUUAAAUAUUUUUUAGUAUCGGUAUAACUUAUGAUGUGAAUUUUAGUUUUCCCUACAUAUUUGAUGUAUAGUGGAUGCAUUAUUAAAGGUACAAGUUUGAAAAAGGCUGAAAUUCCACAAGAUAACCCCAAAACAAUGUUAGUGAAAUUUACUUCAGAAGAUGAUGAGAAACCAAAAGAAAUUUUUGUUAUGCAGUCAGAGAAAAUAUAUACAUUGUCCUGUACUUCAUAUAUGCAUUGCAAUCUGAAAAUAUUAUUUGUUAUUUGCUGCCAAAAGUCAAAAUUCAGUUGAGUUUAGAUACUUGAUGUAUAAUCUUAUAAGCAUUUUGCAUGGUUUAUGCAGUGAAGUUCAAGAAAUCAUGCUAAAAUGUACUGAUUUGCUGUGUUAAAUCUUCAAAUCUUAGUUAUGCUAUGUACUACGUGCAACUGAAUGGUGGCAUUUUUGUGUCUUUGAAAAGCUUUGUACGGAUCGGCUUAACUUUUAGAGUAUGCUUAUUGAAUAGUGAAGAUGUCGUAAGUGCAUUGUUUAUACGUACAUCCACAAUUGUUGGAUGUACGUUCAUAUGUAUCAUGAUUUACAUGGUAAAUGUAUGUAUAUGUACAUAAAAUUAUUUAUAAGUAUAUUUAUAUUUAUAUUAUCAAAACAUUUCUUUUUGGCUCUAGCAUGACAUGCUAAAUUAUCAUGGAAAUGGUGUGAUUUUUUUUUUUUAAUUAUUAUUUAUUGUCGUACAUAUACUGUACAUGUAUGUGUAACAGCAUAUCUGACUGUUCAAAACAGUGAGGAAAGUUGAAAUAAAUUAUACAGGCAUAUGACAGUUUA